UCUUUGAAUAUUGAAGCCAAAUCCAUUACAAUCUCUGAGAUCAGUUCCAAGAUCUGUCACAUAUAUCAGAAACCAUGGCCAAGAAUCAUCAACCACUUCAAACCAAGCCACAAGAAACAUUUGUGAAUAUACCAGUCUAUACCAAGCAAGAUUUGAUCACACUCGGAAACUCUAACCGGAAACUCAACCAUUGGCCAACAACCAUCAUACUCUGCAUUAUAUUAGUCAUCACAGGCCAAUCCAUAGCUCUAAUCCUCGAAAACUUCUACUACCACCAAAUUGACCACACCGAAAACUAUCAAAACGACAGCGUUUGGACUCAGUCUCUACUCCAAACCGUUGGUUUCCCUCUCCUUGUCCCUUUCUAUAUCUUCACCGCCAAGAAACACAACCAACAACAACAAUCUCCAAACACUUCCGACCAAACCUCAACCAAGUACAUAAUAUCUUUCUCCGGUCUCAUCGGAAUCCUAUGUUCGAAUCAAGGAAGAUUGUCCGCCAAGUCAAAGCUCGAGCUCCCAUUUAGGGUUUUCACACUCAUCUACACAACGCACCUCUUCUUCACUCUCAUCUUCGCAGCCUUCAUCAACAAACUCAAACUCGACCGUUGGAUCAUCACCUCACUGAUCUUGGCAACCACCACCGGACCUCUCACCUUCUCUUACGGAAAAGUCUCAUUGUCUUCUCCUCUACUCUCUAGCCUAUACUUCUCUCUCCUCCUCUGCGUUAUCCAAAACGUGUUUAAACGUACCAAGACCCCAAGCUUUGCCUCCGUUUACCAAAUCCUAAUCUUCUCCUCCCUAGUCGCAACUAUAAUCUCUGCAGCGGGUCUUCUCCUCGAGGGAGAGUUAGAUGAUUUGAAGAAGGAGAUGAAUGGAUUCUUGAAAGGGAAAGGAGUGUACGUGAUGGUUAUGGUGGGUCAAGCCGUUUCGUGGCAGGUUUACUGGGUUGGGAUUGUGGGGCUUGUCUUCUCUGUUUCGAGCGUGUUGGCUAAUGUGAUCAGUGUUAUUACAUGGCUAAUUGUGUCGGUUCUUGUUGUGGUGUUUUUUGGUUACGUGAACGAUGAGUUUGAUGUCUUUAAAGGUAUUGCUUUGGUCACUGCCUCCUUAAGUGCUGAUGCUUAUUUCUAUACGCUUCACAAAGAGAAAUGUAACUACUGACGUGGCAGCAAUCUUCAAAGGUUACAUUUUAUUGGUUUUAAAAAGUAUAAUUUGUAAGUUUUGUAGUGAAAUAAAUGUAUACAUUAUGUUACAGAAAACAACCUCACAUUAUAGUUCAAAAAUUUCAAUUUUUUUACAACCUUUUCUUCUUUUCUGUACACACACAAAAAAAA